AUGUACGGAAGAAGAAAAAUGGAGCAAAACAAAGACAAAGAACAAGUUGUAAACAAGAAGCUGGGUGGUUACAGAACCAUGCCUUUUAUCAUAGCAAAUGAGACUUUUGAGAAAGUUGCAACUGUAGGACUUCAUGUGAAUAUGAUUUUGUACCUACUCAAUGAGUAUCAACUAGAACCUUCAACUGCCGCUAUCAUAAUUUUUUUAUGGAAUGCUGUAUCCAAUUUCAUGCCACUUUUUGGUGCUUUUCUUUCUGAUUCUUGUCUUGGACGGUUUCGUGUCAUUGCUUGGGGAACAAUCAUCGACCUUCUUGGAUUAAUUGUGUUAUGGCUAACUGCAAUCAUUAGGCAAGCAAGGCCACCACGUUGCGACGAAAAGCCAUGCACGAGUGCAACCGGAGCACAGUUCUUGUUUCUUUUCUCAUCACUUGCUUUAAUGGCUGUGGGAGCUGGUGGAAUUAGGCCAUGUUCUUUAGCUUUUGCAGCUGAUCAGAUAAACGAUGCGAAAAGUACGAAAAAUGAGAGAGUCAUGAAGAGUUUCUUUAACUGGUAUUAUGUUUCGGUUGGUGUUUCAGUGACGGUUUCUGUGGUGUUCAUAGUGUACAUACAAGUUAAAGCAGGUUGGGUUGUUGGUUUUGGUAUUCCUGUGGGUCUUAUGUUGUUUUCUUGUGUCAUGUUUUUUUUGGGAUCUUUUAUGUAUGUUAAAGUUAAACCAAACAAGAGUUUAUUUGUUGGAUUUGUUCAAGUAAUUGUUGCAUCAUGGAGAAACAGACACAUGACACUGCCUCAAAACAACUCUGGUUUGUGGUAUUUUCAUAAUGGCUCUAUUCUUGUUCAUCCUACGGACAAAGCAAGGUUCUUGAACAAGGCAUGCAUUAUGAAGAACAAAGAAAAAGAUUUAGACUCUAAUGGCAAACCAAUUGAUGCAUGGAGUUUGUGCACAGUAAGACAAGUAGAGGAACUAAAAGCAGUGAUCAAAGUUCUUCCCAUUUGGUCAACAGGAAUCACAGUUGGCAUUACAAUAAGCCAACAAUCAUUUUCUGUGGUCCAAGCAAACACUAUGAACAGAACAUUUCACAAUUUUGAGAUUCCAUCGACAAGUUUCGUUGCAUUUGGAAUCCUCACAUUAACCAUAUGGGUAGCUAUAUAUGACCGUAUCAUAGUUCCUUUGUUAACAAAAUACACAAAAAGAGGAAAAGGACUAACUUUAAAGCAAAGAAUGGGAAUUGGUAUAGCAAUCUCAUGUUUAUCUACUCUAGUGGCUGCAUUAGUAGAGAAAAAGAGAAGAAACCAAGCAUUAAGAGAAGGGUUAAUGAAUAAUCCUAAAGGGAAUUUGGUGGCUAGUAUUAUAGUUAAGGUUGUUAAGAUUGGGACACAAGGAGAAGGGAAAGUUAGUUGGUUAUCAUCAAAUAUCAAUCAAGGGCACAUUGAUUACUACUAUUGGCUACUUACUAUUCUAAGUUUGGUUAAUUUGUUUUACUUCUUGUUGUGUAGUUGGGCUUAUGGAAGUGUUGAAGAGAUCAAAAAUUGGGAUGAAGUGGUUGAUACUAAAUGUGAGGAAGAGAAUAUGUAG